UUCAAGAGAAACCAAAAAUGCCAUUGAAUGAAGUAAAAAAAGUAAUGGGCGGGGAUAGAGGAAGCAUUAACAUAGUUGCCAAUAAUGAGGAAAGAGAGGAGGAAUUAAUAACCGAAUUAAAGAGGUCGUUAAGUAGAAAGCAACAACCGAGAUUUAAGGGAGAUAAAACCAAAAUAAGCAAAAAGCACGAAAGAGUCAAAAGAAAGUUAGUUAAGGAAUGUCAACGCUUAACUAACCGAGUAAAAGACAGAAAUCACAAAAUUACUCGGAGAAUAGUUGACAAGUUUGAUUUAAUUGUCUAUGAAGAUUUAAAGUUGAAAAAGAUGACUGAAAAGAAAAACAAGCAAGGCAAAAAGCGAAAGAUUGGCAGAUAUUCAGUUAAAGGGUUGAAAGAGACAAGUUUAAGCAUGAUAGUAGAUUUCUCCAUUUACAAAGCGAAGGAAGCUGGUAAAUGA